ACAUAUCUGUCCUUCACAGAAAUUUUGAGUUAUCCUUCACAGAUAACUCAAAAUUUCUAUGACGGACAAACAUGUAUACACAUUUUCACAUUUUGUGUGCUCUAUCAAAACUCUUUUUUAUUCAAGCAUCAUACCGGGAAAAACUCGAAAAAAAAGCUCUCAAAAAAUCUCGGCGUCUCCCGAUUUUGGAGCUUCCUGCAGCAAGUGGAGUGUUUUAGGCCGUGAGAUAAACUUGUCCAAGCUUCCUCGAAUCAGCGGCCCUAUGGCGGAGCAGUUGAGUUUGGGAAUUCUAAUUGACAUUGUUGACGAGGACUGGAUGAGAGACACUCUGCCCGACGAUGAUUUACCGCUCCCGGCUGAGCUGCUUACGCGAACGGACGAUCCUGACGAUACAAAUCAAGAGGCUCAACAAGUGGAAGGUGAUACUUGGCAUGAUCUUGCAGUGGGAACUCAAAGUCAAUGAGGAGCCAGCAACUCAAAGUCUGAUUUCCUCAUCCAACAUAGUAUUGAAGUUCCAUUGCUAUGAAUUCCUUAGUGUAAAGCCGCCAUAAGUAAUAGAUGUUCCCAUGACACGCUUCUCUGUCCAAUUGUCAGUGUUAUAUGUGCUCUGUGUUCUAAACCGUUGCUGUUUUAGAUGAUCUUUCCUGAUUGGAUGAACUUGACAGCGUCUAUGUAUUCAUUCAGACAUAAAUUUAGAUUUUGCAAUAAAAAAGGACUUCAUCU